AUGGGGCCGGCGCCUCCCGGCCGUGGGGCAUCGCGCCGGGACGCGGCUCCGGGCGCUUCCCGCUGCGAGGAGCGGCUGUGGGGACGCCGGGACUUGCUGCAGGGAUUGAUGGGUUCAUCACCUAACAAUACUUCCUUUUUUUUUCUUGUUUCUUAGGAUUCCCAGUUGCUCACGUUUGAGGAAGACGACCCAGCAGAACCACUUGAGCUAGCAAUUAAAGAAGUUACCAGUGUUGUAAAGUCAGCUGAAGAGAAGGUGGUCUCUUGCAACGUUGUGGGAGAUUCUGUUAAAUUCCUGGUUGCUGUCUCAGCCUCUCCACCUGCGGCUGCGGAAGCUCAGUCAUAUUUUGUGAAGCUGUCCCCAGUCCACUUGCAGCUUCAGCUCUAUGUAAAAGACAAAGGAGAAGAUGUCAAAGUUGAGUGGUUCCUCAUUAACACCAAUGAAAUCAACUUUGAAAUCCAGCCAGCAGUGCAGGAGGAGCAGACAGCAGGGACAUGUGCAAUAUCUGAAACGCUCAGAGAUGUCUUGAAGAACCUCUUCAGCUCAGCUUCUCCAUCUGUCGUGUUGAGUGUGAGGCCUGCAGAUACGAAGGAGGUUCAGAAUGUACAGAGCACGAGCCUUCUCCCUCAGGGCACGAGUCCUCCCAAACCUCCAAGGGCUCAUGAGCUCAAGCUGCUGGUGAGGAACAUCGCGGCGAAGCUGAGCGAUCUCCGUGCUGCAGGCAGCACAGACCUUGUGUGUAUAGUUCAGUUGAAUGACCCUAUGCAGAAGUUUUCCAGCUCUGUAGCCAAAAAUGCUGCACAUCCCUUUUGGAAGGAAGAGUUUAUCUUUGAACUAAGUGCCAAAUCCAAAGCAUUGCAACUGCAAAUAGUAGAAGAUGGAAAAUUGGAUAGUCCUUUAUCCGGGAGUGUGACUGUACCUCUAGACCUGUUCAGGAAACAGCCCUGUGGCCAGCACAGCUUUGCCCUGAUCAGCGAGCCCAGGGAGAGCAGCUCAGAGCCAGGGCCUGGGCUGGGAUCCAUCAGUGCAGAGUUCUCUUUCAUAGAACCCAGUGAGCUGAAGGCAAGGCAGGUCUCCUCUCCAGUGCUGGCCACCAAGAUCGAAAAGGAUCGCACUGUGAUGCCCUGUGGGACUGUGGUCACCACUGUCACUGCUGUGAGAACCAAACCUCGUCUGGAAGGGAGAUCAUCCCCACUGAGCACAGAUUCUCCUGUGAAAACUCCAGUUAAAGUAAAGGUGACCGAAAAGGAUUUCACUGUUGAAGCCCUCCAUUCUCAUGGUGCUCCAGUCAGCAAAACUUUGUCAUCUUCAGAUACAGAGCUGCUGGUACUGAACGGCACCGACCCUGUGGCAGAAGCGGCCAUUCGGCAGCUGAGCGAGUCUGCAAAGCAGAAGCUGAAGUCUCCUCGGAAGAAAAGCACCAUUAUCAUAUCAGGGGUGUCCAAGACCUCUUUAUCUCAGGACAGUGAAGCUUCACUGAUGAUGGACUAUGCUGCAGCCAUGGACAGCUCCUGCAGGGAAGCAGAUCCACCCUCUGUGGAAGAAGCUGUUGCAAAGAUCACCUCUGAUGAAAAGCAGUCACUGGGUGCUUCAGAACGAGCCCCUGGUACCGACCCUCAGCAAAGCACCCACAAGGCCUGGGGUUUGGAGAAUGGCAGCCAGCAGUGGGACACCAGCACACUCUUAGACCAGACCUCUGAAGAAAUAUCUGGGAGUUCAUUAAGUGUUUCAGAAACUGGCAGCAUGAAAAAAUCUAAAGGUGGGAUUUUGAAGAAAAGCGCGAAGCUGUUUUUCCGCCGGCAGCAUCACCAGAAGGACCCGGGAAUGAGCCAGUCCCACAAUGACCUGGUGUUCCUGCAGCAGCCUCUGUCAGAGGAGAGCCGCAAGAAGGGGGGGACACUCUCACGAAUUCUGAGCAAGAAGCUCCUUUCCAGGAACAAGAGCAAGAGCAAACUGAACGGUGCCUCGGGAGAGCCGUACCUAUAAACCCAAACCCCCUCCGAUGGGAUCCCUGCUCACCAGCUGAGCACUUGUUUACAGAGCAGUACUAGAGAAUACAAAUAUGGCUGAUGACUUGCAUAAAAGGAUGUUCACUAUUAA